UUUUUUUUUAUAGCAGCAGCGCUGGGUCCGGCCAUAUUGGAGCUUUGGAAAUAAAGCGGCUCUAAUAUUCUAUGUGCCCUGGAAAUAAAGCCGUGCAUUUGAAAAAACCAAACCCACCACCACCUCCACCUGCCAGGCCAGGCCAGGCCCACAGCCAUCUCCACGCACGGGGCCCUGACCAUGGGCCGGGGACCGUGGCUCCUGCAGCCCUGCCUGUGCCUCUUGGGGCUCAGCUUGCUCUUCUCGCUGGCGCCCCCCAGCCUGGGCAUGGAGGUCAUGGCACCCAUCACCGUCAACGCGCUCAACGGCUCCUCCGUGCGCCUCCCCUGCACCUUCAACUCCUGCUACAAGGUGGAGAACAAGCAGUUCUCCCUCAACUGGACGUACCAGGUCUGCGACAACUGCACCGAGGAGCUGUUCCUGCAGUUCCGGUUGAAGAUCAUGAACAAGCAGCUGGACCGCUUCGGGGACCGGGUGCAGUUCACCGGGAACCCUAGCAAGUACGACGUGUCCUUCACCCUGCGGGAUGUGCAGCUCGAGGACGAGGGCACCUACAACUGCUAUGUGCUGAACCCCCCGGACCGGAACCGGGGCCACGGCCGCAUCCAGCUGAAGGUCCUCACCGAAGAGCCCCCAAAGCGUGACUCAACGGUGGCCGUCAUCGUGGGUGCCUCGGUGGGCGGCUUCCUGGCCGUGGUGAUCCUGGUGCUGGUGAUUGUCAAGUGCGUGCGGAGGAAAAAGCAGCAGCGGCUCAACACAGACGACCAGAAGACGGAGGAGGAGGGCAAGACCGACGGCGAAGGCAACCCGGACGAGGGCACCAAGUAGCUGCCUGCCCCACUCGCCCCUGUACAGCGUGACCCCUCGAUGUGCUUCCCAAGCAAGGAUGUCUGUCUCCCCAGAACUGCCCAGCACCCCUCCAUCUCCCGGACCCCCCAGGACUCCCGGUGCCAGCAGGGCGUGGUGAGGCGCGUGCCGCGCGGGGGCAGAGCAGCGAGCUGCUGCGGGGGCGCUGGGCAGGGUGGGGAGCUCGGCUGAGUGCCAUGAGCCCGCCCUGCGCCAGGCCUGGGGCAGCUGGUGCCCAGCUCUUGCUAUGAAGCAGGAGGGGUCUGAGUACCCCCGGGCAGGGCCUGUGGAGAGGCUGUGGCCUGGCGGGGAGCAGGGGCAGUGCCCAGCGGCAGAGCGAGGAGAGGGUUGGGGAGCAGGAGAGCGCGGAGAGGGCAGGGCAGGGCAGCGGUGGGUGUAGCGGGGAGCCUUCCUGCCCCGGCCCUGGUGCUUGGGGGCCUUUGCUGCUGGGUCAGGAUUUGGUGAGGCCUAGGGGGGACGCUCAGGGAUCCAAGGCCGAGGGGCCCAUGGAGCUCCACAGCCUUCCCCUGGGAGCUGCUUUCUGCCACCAUGGGCCAGUCCCUCCCCAGGCUGCUCCAGCCUCCUUGUGUGCAGAAGGCUGCGGACUUGCCCCUGCCCCUGCCCCUGCCCGAGCGCUGCGGCCGGCCCCUGGCGAGCCCCAUCCUCACUGCCAUUCCCAGGGUGGCCAGGGAGAGCUGCCCGGCAGCACUGGGGGCACCACGGGAAUGCGUGCUCCCUUCUCCGGUGCCUCUCAGAGGCAAGUGGGCCAGGGCUGUCUGCAGGGAAGGAGGGGCUCAUGGCCUUGCGCCUGGCCAGUGCUCCCGGCUUUCCUUGGGAGCUUCCGUGUCCUGGGAACGCACCGCGCAGCACGUGUUCCGGGGCCAGGGCUGGGGCCAGGGCAUGGUGGAGGCAGUCCCAAGGGCAUCAGGGCACUGGUGGAGAGGACAGGCAGGAGGGGCAUUACUAGUCGUACAGAGACCAUCCAGCCCCAGCCCCAGCCCUUGCAGCUGAUCUAGCUCCCGGGGCCUGGUUGUGUCCAGGGGAAUUCACCGGAGCAAGGCCUGAGAGCAACCGGUGAUGGGACAGCAUGGGGGCCGGCCCCAGACAUGCCUGGGGGCAGUGGUGGAGAGGAGCUGGGGGAGGGUGGCAUGGUCUGAGCACGGGCCAGGUUGCUCGUAGGCCUGGUGUGCCAGUGCCAGUCCUGGCUCCAGGGGACACCCUGUGGACAGUCCUUCCCCAGGGCUGCCUCAGUUUCCCUGCAGGCAGUUCAGUUAGCAAGAGCUGCCAGGGAGGAGGAGGGGGGUCUGAGGCAGCUGGCAUCCUCCUCCUGUGUGUAAGUCUCCCCCCAGGCCCUGCCCCAGCCCUGGGGACACUGCCAGUGCCAGCCACAGGGUUCAGGCUCAUGGGGGCUGCAAAAGCAACGGGGCUGGUCCCUGGCCAGCUCUUGCAGCCAGGCGGGGUGGGCGGCUUGUGCCCUGCUGCCACUGCCUCUGGCCUGAGGGCUGGGCCCACCGUGGAGCCCAAGUCUUCCUGGGUCUUUCCCUGGGAAUUUCAGAUGGAAAGUCCCGGGCAGACACCAGUAAAAGGGAGCUCGCGGGGGCAGGCAGGGCCAGGGGCCAGCAGGGAGGGCACUGCUGUGAGGGGCCGCCUGGGCGGCGCGGGCAGGACCCAGGCUGCUCCCUGCCUUCCCCGAGCAGGGAGCAGCGCAGGGCUCGUGGUGCACAGCGCUCCUCCAAGCCCCCGGCCAGGCUCCAUUUGUAACUGCCAAGGCGCGACACUGCCAGUUGGACCCGCCGGGUCGCCCCCGCGUCCCCUGCAGCUGCUCCGUUCUCCCGCGGCUGGAGCGAGGCUGUCCUGAUGCCUCCCCCACCCGCAGCCACCCCUGCUCUACACGGGCUGUGGCCAGUGGAUUGCUUUUUACUGCUCGCAGAUCUUACUGCCAUGGCAGCCACCGGGGUCCGAACCCGCUGUCCCAGGGCUCUCGCUGGGUCCCGGCUUCUGGGGGCCCUUCCUAAACACUGCUGAGAGAGGGGGAAUGGCGCAGGAACAGGGGGUGGGAAGCCGGCACUCCUGAGUCCUCUGCCUGCCUCUGCCACUGGCUCCUCGGGUGGCCUGAGCAAGUCCCUUGGCCUCUGCAUCCCCAUCUGCCAGGUGGCAGUCACGGGGGUGCUGAGCCUCCGGCCCCGACUGUGCGCGCAGCUCGGGGGCCCCGAGGAGAGAAGGGCUGUGUCAUCGGGGGUCAGGCUGGAAGCUGGGUGCCUCCCACCCCAGGGUAUUCUGGGCGCAGGGGGGACCUUCCCAGGACCCCCACCAGACCACAGCACAGGUGGGGGAGGUUCGCUUGUCAACCCAAGGCCCCUUCUCCCCUGCUGCCAGGCCCUACCCCAGGCAGCAGCAGCACUGGACAGGACCCCCAUGGCUGGGUGGAGUGCCAGGCCCUCCUGUGCCCCCCACCGUGCUGCCCGUCAGCCUUGGGCGAUGCCAGGCCCUCUGCGCUCCCUGGCAUCCUGUCUCUAGCUCAGACUGGCCACGGCCAUCUGCACCGGUGCCCAGCACUGUCGCUGCCACGGGAGACACCAUCAGACCCAGGAGAGUGGGGACAGCGAGGCAUUUGCAGAGGGAAGCUGCCUCCAGAAAGCCCUGUCUGCCUCCUGGCCCUGAACCCUCGUAGCUUCCCGGCCAGGGCUCUGCAUCUCCUCCCAGCCCUUGCGCCCUGCCUGGCCCUGGCUCACAUUGUCACCAGUCAGACGUACAACAUGAAUGUGCUAGGUAUCUCCAGACUGUCGUGUGGCUUCCACUCCUUUGGGCGUCUUGCUGCCCAGCAGAACUGAAUGCAAGCUGCUUGCCCCCUGCCCUCCCCCUGGGUCUCAUCACAUGUGCCAACUACGAUGCCAAGCAGUGGGGGACUGGUGGGGAGGCAGGUUCUCCUGCCACCGUCUCCUGCUUCAGGGGAGGGGACGAGAGCAACAAUUUUGUGGCCAAAGGUCUUUGACUGUUGCAAUCUCUCCUGACUGUCCGUUAUUUCUGUUCCCUGCACACACUGCCCCUGGAUUGCAACCUGCCAAUGAGUGUGUAUGUACAUACGUGUACACAGGAUAUACAGUAUAGCUCUAUCUCUCUCUAUAAAUAUGUAUACAUGGAGCCAUUGUUAUAUUCAGUUGCGCCUUUUCUUUUGGUUUUGUAUCUGCCCUGUUUCCUUUGCCAAGUACCUGCCAGUGCUGUUCUCACCAGAGCCCGAGUGCAGAACAUUUUUAUUGCUCUUUUUACAUUUAAGAAACAAAAGAGAAACCUAACAAAAGUCAGCCUCUGCACUGAACGCUGCUGUUUGUCAGGGAAAGAGAGCAUUUUUGCCACUGUCUCUGACACUGCUUCAGCCCAGACAAGACUCUGCUCUGUCCAGGCAUGUCUGUCUGCAGGAACAAAACAAUAAAAACAAAAAAGCACAAGUGUCUUCUGAAA